GGCUAGGCGCGUUACGUCAUCCGUGAGCGCCGUCCGCUGCUGUGAAGCUAAUUUCCUAGAAACCGUCGUUCAAGGAGGGAAGAGAGCAAUGAUUGAUGCCCGGGAGGCAGGCUCCACUAAGGAGUCGCUUAAGCUCUGAUGUGGGAAGUGCCUCGGGGCACACACGCAGGACCCGCCGCAGGCUGGAAAAGGGUGCAGGGGUCGGACAGAUGGAGCCUGGGAGCUGAGGGCUGAGGAGCUGCUGGGCACUAAAGAGGGGCAGAGAGCCAUUUUAGGCAAAGGGGACUGGUUGUGCGAAGACCCAGAGGUGAGAAGCGGGCCUCGGGAUGUCUCUCGCUGAUGAGCUCUUGGCUGACCUUGAGGAGGCAGCAGAAGAGGAGGAAGCAGGAAGCUAUGGAGAGGAAGAAGAGGAGCCGGCGAUUGAGGAUGUACAGGAGGAGACACAGCUGGAUCUCUCUGGGGAUUCCGUCAAGAGUAUCGCCAAGCUGUGGGACAGCAAGAUGUUCGCUGAGAUCAUGAUGAAGAUCGAGGAGUACAUCAGCAAGCAAGCCAAAGCUUCAGAAGUGAUGGGACCAGUCGAGGCAGCCCCCGAGUACCGCGUCAUCGUGGAUGCCAACAACCUGACCGUGGAGAUCGAGAACGAGCUGAACAUCAUCCACAAGUUCAUCCGGGACAAGUACUCGAAGAGGUUUCCUGAGCUGGAGUCCUUGGUCCCCAACGCACUGGACUACAUCCGAACGGUCAAGGAGCUGGGCAACAGCCUGGACAAGUGCAAGAACAACGAGAACCUGCAGCAGAUCCUCACCAACGCCACCAUCAUGGUGGUCAGCGUCACAGCCUCCACCACCCAGGGGCAGCAGCUCUCGGAGGAGGAGCUGGAGCGGCUGGAGGAGGCCUGCGACAUGGCGCUGGAGCUGAACGCCUCCAAGCACCGCAUCUACGAGUACGUGGAGUCCCGCAUGUCCUUCAUUGCCCCCAACCUGUCCAUCAUCAUCGGCGCGUCCACUGCGGCCAAGAUCAUGGGGGUGGCCGGCGGCCUGACUAACCUUUCCAAGAUGCCCGCCUGCAACAUCAUGCUGCUCGGGGCCCAGCGCAAGACGCUGUCCGGCUUCUCCUCCACCUCCGUGCUGCCCCACACCGGCUACAUCUACCACAGUGACAUCGUGCAGUCCCUGCCCCCGGAUCUGCGGCGGAAGGCGGCCAGGCUGGUGGCCGCCAAAUGCACACUGGCUGCCCGCGUGGACAGUUUCCACGAGAGCUCGGAGGGGAAGGUGGGCUACGAACUGAAGGACGAGAUCGAGCGCAAGUUUGACAAGUGGCAGGAGCCGCCGCCUGUGAAGCAGGUGAAGCCCCUGCCUGCACCCCUCGACGGGCAGCGGAAGAAGCGAGGGGGACGCAGGUACCGCAAGAUGAAGGAGCGGCUGGGACUGACGGAGAUCCGGAAGCAGGCCAACCGCAUGAGCUUCGGAGAGAUCGAGGAGGACGCCUACCAGGAGGACCUGGGCUUCAGCCUGGGCCACCUCGGCAAGUCAGGCAGCGGGCGCGUGCGGCAGACACAGGUGAACGAGGCCACCAAGGCCAGGAUCUCCAAGACGUUGCAGCGGACCCUGCAGAAGCAGAGCGUGGUGUACGGCGGGAAAUCCACCAUCCGGGACCGCUCCUCGGGCACUGCCUCCAGCGUGGCUUUCACCCCCCUCCAGGGUCUGGAGAUCGUGAACCCACAGGCAGCGGAGAAGAAGGUGGCUGAGGCCAACCAGAAGUACUUCUCCAGCAUGGCCGAGUUCCUCAAGGUCAAGAGUGAGAAGAGCGGCAUCACGUCCACCUGAGGCUGGGGUCCGCAGUCCGCCCGCCACAGCGACUUUUGGGCCCCGUGCCCUGCUGGAGGACUGUGUUCGGGUCAGGAGUUCCGGCAGAGAGAGCCGCCCGCCUCUGCCAUCGGCCCAGACCAGGAGGCCCACACAGGCGCCCAGGACCGAGCCUGCCCCACUGGGCAAAGCAGGAGUCCGGUGCAGCUUUUUUACAUUACAUGGGAAAGGAGAUGCUCUUUGUGGAAAGAGGACCAUUAAAUGCACAGCACGGA